AUGACAACUGAUGAGCAAGAAGGGGAGGAGGAAGAGGAGGAGGGAUCAAAGCAAGGGGGAGAUAUAUUGGGACAGCGUUUGAGGUCACUAUACUAUUUGUUUUUCACUUUAUUGUGUCUGGGGACCGUGCUGACCAUUCUCAUCUGGCACACGAGCAACAACAACAAUGUGGAACCUUACAGACCACCUCGUCAUAAGAAAAGUCCUCCUCGACUUUCUGAACUCUGCAAAGGCUGCAGGGAGGUCAUUGCCAAAGUAAAAGAGCGAUACUCUCAAAACUGGAUGAAGCAGGAAAACAAUUACACAAAGUUCAGAUCUGAGCUGAGCAGCAAGUGUAAUGGUUUUGACAAGGCCAUCAUUACCCAGGCCAACACUCCAGUGGGUUCCAAGAUUGUGUAUGAUGGUGAAAAGAAGAGGAGCCUCGAGGUGACCCCGGAGAUUUUCAGCACCUUUGCAAAGGAGCAUCCAUUCCCAAAUCAAAUGUGGGACACAUGUGCUGUUGUUGGGAACGGAGGGAUCCUGACCGACAGCGGCUGUGGAAAGAUGAUCGAUUCAGCACAGUUUGUUAUCAGGUGCAACCUUCCUCCUUUGGAAGACGACUAUGAGAAAGAUGUGGGCACCAAGACUGACCUUGUGACAGCAAACCCAAGCAUCCUCACACAGAAGUACGGGGCUCUACAGGGGCGUCGCCGUCCGUUUGUGGAGAGCCUGGGAAUCUAUGGCAACUCUCUUCUUCUCCUUCCCGCCUUCUCAUAUGGCCAUGUCACUUCCGUGUGCCAGCGGGCUGUCUACAGUAUAGAGGACUUUGAAAGCCCCAUCCGACCUGUUUUCUUUAACCCUGAAUACCUCCAGAAACUAGCCGUCUUCUGGCGCUCCCACAGCGUAAAAGCAUUGAGGCUCAGCACCGGCAUAAUGAUGACUAGCCUGGCACUGGAACUCUGUGCUAACGUGCAUCUGUACGGGUUCUGGCCCUUCAGUAAUCACCCACUUGGACUCUAUGCCCUGACUAACCACUACUACGAUGAUGUAAAAGCUAAGGCAGGAGUCCAUGUCAUGCCGGUUGAGUUUGACCUCUUGUUGCAGCUGCACAGCCAGGGGGUGCUCAGGCUUCACCUGGAAGAUUGUCAGCCAGAGCCGGAGGCGGGUGAAUCCAACCUGAAAGAGAAAAACACUGGAAACAAAACAAUACAGAGAACAGGAAGACAACAUACACACAAGCACAACACUUACCCAGCUGAUACAGACAGUUCCAGUGAAGAGGAGUAUCACUUGUGGACAGCAGAGAGACAUGCAGAUCUGCCCCUCAGUGCAGAAGCAGAAGAGUUUUGCCCCAGGAGUGACACAUCCAGAGACAGAACUGAGGUGGCGUUUAUACCUGAGAACUACUAUGAAGAGGAACAUGUGGAGAAGGAACAUGGCGUGGAGGACAAGAGUGAUGACCCAGCUGUGAAAUCAGAGGAUGAGCAGAGUGAUGCUGACACAUGGAGAGGAAGGCCUAAGAGAGUUCGACAGCCCACCUAUGACCAACUAGGGCAGCCAACCUUUCAACAGCUGAAAACCUGCCCUGUCGGUGUGAGAGAGCCCUCUGAGACCAGCCAUGACCUGCCGACCAGGUCAUCAACCAUGUAUCCUUUUUGUCAUGAAUAG